AUGAGCGCUAUAUCAAACACCGCUGCGGUAUCACGAUGGUAGAUACAGUACUUCGUCUUCCCACGAGCCAUCCUGUUGAUCCGCAACGUCGCUCAUGAGGGCUCGAUCGUGGGAAACGAAGGUGGCGCACGUCCUAGGCGCUGGCUCGCUUAAGAUGGCGAAGGAUGCACGCGACAGCGGUCUCUCACUCAACGCUGCUUCCUGCGCUCGCUCUUCCGCUCUCUGCUUUUGCGCUCUCUGCCUUCAUCCGGCCAACAGCUCGUCCUUGAACAAUCCAUAACUACAAACGCUUGAACCAAAAUGGCAGCAACAACGCUCUCCUUCCCUCCCUCCACUCCACCAUCCCUCCCACUCCCCAAACAACAACCCCACCGCUUCACUGACACCGCCCCGCACAGCGCAGCCAUCCAAAUCCCUUCCACCUGGCGCACAGCGAAACCCAAGCGCGAGAAUGAAGUGCAGACGGACACCAUCCAUGUGAGGGACGUAGAGGUGCAGGUGCUCGCGAGGAGGGAUGCCAACCUACAAACAGAUCCGGAACCGCCGCCUCGAUUCAGACUACUUAGCACGUACGAUCAAGGCGCGAUGCGGGAUUUCCUUGCUGGCGCAGAACCGAUGAUCUCGGCGCAGUUGCUGCAGAACAUCCGUAGUUCUGCAUUCGAUGGCUGGCUACCCCAAUGGCAAACCCCCCACACAUCCACCACCCUCCUGCACGAGCUCGUAGACCCCAAUCUACCCUCCGACAUGCUCAUCACCGACCUCUCGUGGAACAAGAACGGCACCACGGUUGCAUGUGGGUAUGGCCGACUGGACCAUGAGAGCUGGUGUGGGCAUAAGGGGGGUGUUGUGACGUGGAGUUUGGGGGGGAGAGGAGUGGGAGAAAGGCCGGGGUGGGAGGUUGAGACUGAGAGCUGUGUGAUGUGCGUAGCCUUCCAUCCUGAGCUCCCAUCACGGAUCGCCGUAGGUGUCUACAACGGCCAGAUUCUAAUCCUACAAACGACUGACAUCGCCACCUCCAUCGUCGCCAUCUCGCGCAUGAGUGACGAAGCGCACCAGGAGCCUGUUGCGAAAGUGGAAUGGGUGCGCAGCGAUAAGGAGGGGGUCUGGAAUAUUGUAAGCAUCGCAAACGAUGGCAAGAUCUUGACCUGGGAUCCGAGUAAUGGGCUAAGUAUGCCGAUUGCGGGAUCCCGCCUGACGAUGGAAAAAAUCCCUCGCAAAUUCCGCGGCGGCCCCACGGUAAAAUCCGACAUUGUCCUCGGCGGCACAGCAUUCUCCCUCUCAACUCCCACCCUCCACUCCCAAACCUACAUCGCAGCCACCGAAUCCGGACACAUCAUCAAAUGCUCACGGGACCUCUGCACACCCAUCAGCACCAAUAAACCCCAGCAUCAAUUGUUGCGAAACCCGAUAACAUUUGCGUAUGAACCCCAUACGGGAGCGGUGAACGCGGUGGCCUGCUCGCCGUUCCAUCGGAAUGUGUUUGUGAGUGCGGGGUCGGAUGGGGGGGUGCGGGUUUGGAACGGGUUGCAGCCAAAGCCCCUCCUAACACUCUUCCCAACACCCUACCCGCACUCGCCCCUAGCCCUCCUCUUCUCCCCCACCCGCGCCACCGUCUUUGCGCUCACAACUUCCACCGGCUUGCUGCACAUCUAUGACCUCGCUUCCUCGACAUCUUUACCGCAUACGACGGUGCAGUGCACGGCGAACGCAGGGGUUGCAGGGACCGCGUUGGCUUUUAGUGGUGCGGUAGGUGUGGGCGGGGAAGGGCAGUAUUUGGCGACGGCGGAUGCGGAGGGAAAGCUGAGAGUUUGGAGAGUUGCGAGUGGGUUGGCGGAGGAGUGUAAUGGGAGGGAGUGGGGGGUGGUGGAGAGGUUGGGGAGUGUUUUGGGGGAGUGAGUGUACCUUACCUAACGUCAGCCCGGACACAUCAUACGAUCGUAGAACUGAAUGUUGGCCAACUCUCCAUCCCAUCGGUGACGAAGUUAGCGAUCUUGCGGAUACAGGAUACUCUGCUCUGCUCCAUCACCUCUUAAGAGCUCCGCAAACGAAACU